AUGCCGACAAUCCAGCUGGCGACGUCAGACGACCUCCUCCUCUGCACGGCAUGUGGAGCACAAUACGCAGAGACCGAAGCGGCAGGGAAGACGGAAUGUAGGAUAUGCGAGGACCCGAGACAAUACGUUCCACCACCGGGACAGUCAUUCACGACGCUGGGGAAGUUGAAGGCUGAGGGGAAACACAGGAACGUGUUUGAGAGGAAUGAGAAGGACGAAAAUGUCAUCGAGGUUUGGACUGAGCCGAAGUUCGGCAUAGGACAGCGGGCAUGUCUGAUACAGACACCGAAUGGAAAUGUGCUUUGGGACCUUGUCGCGUAUCUGGAUCAGGCUACCGUUGAUAAGAUCAAGGAAUUGGGCGGCUUGAAAUUCAUCAUCAUUUCUCAUCCUCAUUUCUAUACAACGUGGGCAGAUUGGUCCACUACCUUCCAGUGUCCUGUUUACAUGACUGAAGUCGACUCAGUCUGGGCCAACAGGAAGGAUGUAUCUUCCGCAACCUUGAAGCUUUUGAAGGAUCCAUAUACUGAAGUCCUCCCUGGUCUGACAGCUGCAAUAUGUGGUGGCCAUUUCGAUGGAAGUAUGGUAUUACAUUCAGCACUGCCAAACACCAAAAUCCCGACCUUGUUCGUGGCAGAUACCAUCUUUGCCGUCGCCUCAGGACAGAACCCCGAUCCGGGUAAGAGGAAAGAUACGAUCUCGUAUCAGUUUUUGUGGAGUAUACCGAACUUCAUCCCGCUACCACCAGACAAGGUCUUGCAAAUCUGGAAUGCCCUGAAGGCAUUCGAGUUCAAGGCAACUUAUGGCGUUAUGGCGAAGUUCACAAACGUUUAUGAGAAACCUGACCAGACCUUGAGUCUCAAGGGCAGGGUACUGCAAAGUGCCCAAAUCGCGGUCAAAGCCAUGGGAUAUCAAGAUCAUGCGAUUUUCGCAGAGAAAUUGUGA